AUGUCUACUGUUGGCUAUAUUGGUGCUGGCAUAUGCCUUUUCGGCGUACUUUCCGCUUUGUACUCUAUUACUCACAUUGUAAAGGAUAUCAAUAACCUUCGCAAUGAAGUUGAAGGGCGCGUUGAUGAAUUCAAAGUGCUCGCUGAUGACACAUGGGACCGACUCCUAAUCCUUCAAUCACCAACCGGCGAGUCCGCUUAUCCACUUCCAUCCGCUUUCCGUGGAAAGCGUUUCGUCUAUCCGGGAAUGUGCAACUGCGACAGCAACUCACAAGGAUGCCCAGCCGGACCACCGGGACCACCAGGAGCGCCAGGAAAGCGUGGAGAUGAGGGACAUCCGGGAGAUGCCGGUCGUCCAGGAGCCAGCGGAGUUUCGCUUGCUAUCGCCCACGACAUUCCAGGAGGAUGCAUCAAAUGCCCACAGGGACCAGCUGGACCACCAGGACCAGACGGAGAGCCAGGAAAGCAAGGAUUCGCAGGAUCUGACGGAAAGCCAGGACCAGCUGGAGAUGAUGGAGAGCCGGGACCACAAGGACCAGAAGGUGACAAGGGAGCUCCAGGACCAAAGGGAUACGAUGGAACUAAUGGACCAGACGGUAUGCCAGGAACCGCCUACUUCCCAGGAGCCGCCGGACAGCCAGGAGAGCCAGGAUGGGCUGGAGAGCCAGGACUGCCAGGAAAGCACGGAGAGCCAGGAAAGGAUGGAGAGGAAGGACCAGUUGGAGCCCCAGGAACUCCAGGAAACCCAGGACAUGAUGGAUUCCCAGGAAAGUCUGGAAGCCCAGGAACCGAUGGAGCCCCAGGAAAGGAUGCGCACUACUGCCCAUGCCCACAACGCCAAGAGGAUCGUAACCCACCAACUAGUGGAAAGACACCAUCUCCACCACCACCCCCACCAACUCAGACUCGCGCUACUCAGCCACCAGAGAGUGGAAACGAUCGUACCCCACCGCCAACUCAGCCGCAUAUUGAAUACACCCAACCGCCAACUCAGCCGCAUGAUGUCUACACUCAACCACCAACUCAUCCAGAUGCUGGAUACACUCAACCACCAACUCAUCCAGACGCGGGAUACACUCAGCCACCAACUCAUCCAGAUUACACCUCUCCACCAGAGCCAACCAGCUAUCCAUCAUAUCCAGCUCCAAACUAUCCAUCGCCAUCACCACCACAAGCCGGAGGAUAUGAUGCCCCAUCGCCGCCACAAACUGGAGGAUACAGACGUCGUUAUUAA